GACAAACUUAGUGCUAAGGCGACAAAUCUUUAAAUUGUGAUGCUGACACUCUUGCACAGGUUGUUCUCGGCUUAUAUCCACAAGACUAUUCGUACAAGGCAUUUAAAUCGUCAAGUGUGUUUCACAAUGCAGGAAAUACAAGUCGAAGUGCACAAAAAAGCGGAUGGUGUACAUGCUUGAUCUGAAAAUCGUGCGUAAAUUCAAGUUGGAGUCGAAGAAUUGUGCAAAGUCUGUGACUACGCCUGUUUUUUUACGAAGCAGCAAGAUUGCUGUAAUGUCCAUCCCAGAAAACCUAGUACUGCAGGCAGCAGCACACCCUCAAAGAUGCGAGCAGUGCCAUCAUUGGUCUUGGAGGUGACAUACCUACAUCAGAUGUUGUAGUGGACAGGAAGCUUGGUGAAGGGGGCUAUAAUGAAGUUUUUUAUAUCUUGGCUAUCAGGCUUGGGCGACUCCACAAGAUCCAGGUCUUUCGCUUUACGUAUUCCGAAACCAGAUACUCUCCUGCCUCAUCAGAUAUUAAAUGAGGUCGCUUCCAUUUCCUUGAUAUCUGCACGUUGUCCCGAUAUUCCAGUCCCCAAGAUAUACGCAUUUAGCGCUAACGGGCUGAACCCAUUCAUCGCUCAAGAACAUAUCGAUGGCGAACCUUUGAGUACUAUAUGGAAUCGCUAUACCGAGACGAAGAAGCAUUCAGUUGCCCUGAAGAUCGCUGAGAUAAUUGUUGAUAUGGCGGAGACGCGUUUCAGUGCUAUAGGCGGGUUUGCCAGUCCUAUAAGCUACACCCUUGGACCCACCAUAGAGGGAAGCAAGUUCUUCAAGGGACGUAGCAAAUUUCAUUCCAAUAGAUGCUACCCCAUCGGUCCAUACAAAACCGCAAAGGAAUACAUUCUCGCUUGCUACGACAAAGAGAUAUACUACUAUACCCAUGCCCCCCCGUCCGAUAUCGAUUCCGAUCUUUUCGAAAUCACCUCUCUCGAAGAUUUUGUGCAACAGCUACGAGCUGAGAAGCGUCAGCUAGAGACAAGCUUCGUCGCUGAAGACGAACUAUUUGUGCUCGUGCAUGGAGGCUUUCACGGUCGGAAUGUCAUCAUGCAUGGUACGCAGGUACAAGCUGUCCUCGAUUGGGAGCUUGCAGGUGCAUAUCCUUUGGGUGAGCUGUUAGGAGGGAUGGGAGUCGAUGUUGUGGAAGUCGAGGACUAUAAAUCAGAAAAGGAUAAUGCACUUUCUAGCAGAGAGAUUGUGCGUAGGGUCGAAGAGACGGCGAGACAAAGAGGAUGCGAUGCGAAGGAGUUAGCGCUGUUAUUGGGCAAUGGAGAUCCUGUCCUCGGUAAAGCAAGGACAGAAAUGUUUCCGGCUGAGUACUGA